CACAGAGUAAAGGAGUCUUGCAAGCAAGCAUGAACCACGAACCAGUUGGGCUGAGGCCCGGCAAGGGGCCUGCCAAAGCCAGGCGGGGUCGGGGGCUGCGGAGUCUUGGACUUGGGGACCACUUCCUCCCCACACCACAAGCAUCCAAGUGGCCCAGUGGUGAAGAGGACGUGGGAAGUCCCUGAUCUGAGGGCCACAGCCUUCGACUAUCUGCAGGCCUCAUGGCUGAGUGAGCCUCCCUUGGGCCCAGCAACCUACCACAGCAUGGUCCAGGCCUGCGAGGGGCGCUCCAGAGCACAGCUGCCAACCUUGUCUUUGGGGACAGCCAUGACCCAGCCUCCACCCACCAAAGCUCCGGCUAAGAAACACGUGCGGCUGCAGGAGAGAAGAGGCUCUAGCGUGGCCCUGAUGCUGGAUGUGCGGUCUUUGGGCACCGUCGAACCCAUCUGCUCGGUGAACACACCCCGGGAAGUCACCCUACACUUUCUGCGCACGGCUGGCCACCCCCUUACACGCUGUGGUCUACAGCACCAGCCACCCAGCCCCAAGCAGCUAGAGGAGGAAUUCUUGAAGAUCCCCUCCAACUUUGUCAACCCUGAAGACCUGGAUAUCCCUGGCCAUGCUUCCAAAGACCGAUACAAGACCAUCUUGCCAAAUCCCCAGAGCCGUGUCUGUCUUGGCCGGGCACAGAGCCAGGAGGACAGCGACUACAUCAACGCCAACUACAUCCGAGGCUAUGAUGGGAAGGAGAAGGUCUACAUUGCCACCCAGGGCCCCAUGCCCAACACUGUAGCGGACUUCUGGGAGAUGGUGUGGCAAGAAGAAGUGUCCCUCAUUGUCAUGCUCACCCAGCUCAGAGAAGGCAAGGAGAAAUGUGUACACUACUGGCCCACAGAAGAGGAAACCUAUGGGCCCUUCCAGGUCUGCAUCCAGGACGUGAAAGAACACCCAGAAUAUACUGUGAGGCGGCUUACCAUCCAGUACCAAGAGGAAUGCCGGCCAGUGAAGCACGUCCUUUUCUCAGCCUGGCCAGACCACCAGACUCCAGAGUCCGCUGGGCCCCUGCUGCGCCUGGUGGCUGAGGUGGAGAGCCCAGAGGCAGCUGCCAACUCUGGGCCUAUUGUGGUUCACUGCAGUGCAGGGAUCGGCCGGACAGGGUGCUUCAUCGCCACCCACAUCGGCUGCCAGCAGCUGAAGGCCCGAGGAGAAGUGGACAUUCUGGGCAUUGUGUGCCAACUGCGCCUAGACAGAGGAGGCAUGAUCCAGACUGCUGAGCAGUACCAGUUCCUGCACCACACUUUGGCCCUGUAUGCAGCCCAGCUGCCCACGGAGCCCAGCCCCUGACCCCCACCCCUCCACCAGCCCAGGGCCCAACCUCCCCUCAGGCCUGAGAUAGAAGUAGGCUGUGUGCUCUGGGAUAGCUCCUGCAGAACCACAGGCAAGAGAGCCUUUGGGAACGAGGGUGCUUAUAAUCCCAGGAAAUUGCUCCCAGCAAGUAACAGGGGCCAGGCCACGGGUCUUCACCUCAGACCACUCCUCUGCCUUUUCCUGUGGCCCCCAGUGGACUAUAGUGGAGCUUCCUGUGGCUCUGAACUUACAGAUAAGAGCUGGCACUUGAAAUGGAUUGAUAAAAACAAAAACAAAA